GUUAAAAUACACGAAUUACAGUCCCUGAUUUUAAAAACGUUAUCGGAGCUUAUGUUGACCUGGGUUGAGUGUCAGACGUUCUUCGAUCUUCCAUUUCAUGCAACAUUCUAUUGGCAGAGAAUAUUGGUAGGCUUGCUGAUAUUUGCGCGAACGGUCACAACUGAUAUAUAACUGUUGCAGAACAUGUGGAAGCCGUAUAUGAGUGAAAAUUAUUCUGGUUUUCCUCAACUUUCAUAAAAUGCUCAAAUAUUUUUGAAUUAUAUUUGUGAUUGUGUUUACUCACAAUGGCCAGAGCAAAUCGUGCAAAUUAUGGAGCCCUUGCUGAGACCCCAGAAGUGGUUUUUGGUGGGGUUCGUCCACGUAACUCCAGUUUGGGCAGAUCUGAAUUUAACCAGCUAAGUGAAACAAUAUCAAGCAAUUUGUUCACUAUACAAGGAAGUGGUUCAAAUUUAGAAAGGGCAUUAAAAUCACUUGGAACAGAGAAAGAUAAUCAAGGGUUGCGAGACAGUGUCCAUGUCAUUCAGAUGAGUGCAAAUCAAAUAGUGAACCAGACAACCCAAGAGUUGAUGGCUUUGGCUGCUGCAGCCAGAUUAUCAGGUGAUAGAAUGUGUCAUCUUCAACUAGAUCGUCUAAAGCUUGAAUUUGAGAAGUCAUUACAAAGAUAUAGCACAUUACAGAAGGAAGUUGCUUGCAAAAUGAAAUCAACUAUUCCAUAUGGCCAUUGGGAAGAAAAUAAUACUUCAGAUACACAAAAUCUUUUGGAAAAGGCAGCAGAAGAAAAGCAUCAGAAGCUCCAAGAACUUAAAGAGGUAGAAUUUGAGCAGCAAAUGCUAUUGGAAAGGGAAGAGCGGAUCCGACAAAUCGAAUCUGACAUGAUUGAUGUAAAUCAAAUUAUGAAAGAACUUAGUGCCAUGGUCCAGGAGCAAGGGGAAAACAUAAAUUCAAUUGAAAGCAAUGUAGACCGCACCUACACUCAUGUGGAGGAGGGACGCCAGGAGUUGGAAAAAGCGUCUUCUCAUCAAAAAACACAUCGCAAGUGGCUUUGUUUCCUAACUGGUCUUGCUCUAACAGUAGCCGGAAUUGUCGGCUUAGUUAUCUAUCUAGAACUUCGAUCUUCCUAGUCGCAACCCGAAGGAUUUUCCUUAAAAAAGCUAAAACAAAACAAAAAUAAUUAUUCAAGUGUCUGUCCAGUUAGCGCCUUAAUUCUAAAGAUAUAUAAAUGUGCGUCUUUGAAUUACAGAAAUUGGGUUUCUGCUCCUUUACACUCAUUA